AUGUAUGCGCAAAGGGAUUCGUCGGGUACCCUACUUACUCAGGCUUUUCAUCCACCAUCGUCAGAGGAACAUUUUCCUUCUCCUCAAAAUUUUUUUGAACAGCAACAGCAGUACAAUCAAGAACAACUUGAAGAGAUCCAAGAACAACUCAACCAAUCUAAUAUAGUUCAACGUUUCCAAAUCAAUGAGAACAAUAAUUUUGCUUUUCAGACCUUUGAUAAUAAUUCACUUCUCGAAAAUUCUCUCACCACUGAUUGGUCACAACUUUAUGGAAAUGAUGAUAUGUGUGGCUUAGUAGAUGGUUCUAAUUUUUCUAACAGUGUCUUUGUUGAUGGUUUAAUACCUUCAAAUUUAGUUGAUGGUAGUUCUUGGGUACUUAAUCAAAACAAUAGUUUUGUCAAACAAGAAACUCAUUCUUCAUUAUCAAAUUCGCCUUCCGAGGCCGGUUCUGAACAUAAUAAUGAGUCUGUUAUGUCCUCUAAUUCUAACGAUCAUGCUAGAGCUCAAACCCCUGGUCCUUUUCAAAAAUCUAAUAUUCCAAAUUAUUUAACCGCUCGUCGUCGAAGCUUAUCUGCUGAUAAUAUACAUGCUUUGGCAAAAGCUCAUCAACUAGCUAGUCGUAAGGUCACGUAUCUCGCUCAACAAAAUUCCGAUCAAUUAUCUUUUCCCAGAUCUCAAACUAUGGGUUUUGAUCAUCAUUCUCAAUUCUCUCUUCAAAAUACAAAACAACAUCCAACUCAUCAAUCUACAAAUCGUCCUCAAUUAUCUAUAUCUGUUUCACAUCAACAGAUUGGUCCAAUUAAUCAUGCUCAAAGGCUUACCGAAUUUCAAGCUAGAUUCAAAGUAAAAUUAGAUAAAAGAAAUCAAAGAAGUAUGCCAAAUAUUCAUGCCGCCGCUCAUGCUGCUAUGGUUCAAUCUUCUGUAAAUCUUCAAAAAUCUAAUCCUUCAAUCGGUGGCCCUAACGGCAGUGUGCCUAUAAUGGAACUUAAUCAGCCCUUGUCCUCCCAGACCUUCUCCACUGAGAAAUCUAAUUCUCUUAAACCACCUCCUAAUCAACCUCGUCGUGGUCAUAUGCGUAAACGUUCUCUUUCCGCUCCCACGACUCCAUUUCCAAAUCUUACGCAACAGUCUCCCGGUUCUAUUCCCUUGCAACCUGCUCAAUCUUUUCCUCUAAACUUUCCUAUGUCCUUCAGAAGGCCUAACGCUUUACCUAUUCAAAUUCAUAGAAAUCCAAAACAUUCUCAUGCUAGUGCUCCUUUAUCUUCUGAGGAGUAUCAACGUAAACUUAAUGAAGAAUUAGAAAAAGUUGACUUUGAUGAUAUCACUGUUAGUGAACUCAAAGAAAUGUUACGUCAAAGAGGUAAACCUGCUACUGGUAAAAAAGCUGUUUUAAUGCAGAGGCUUCAAGAGGAAGUAGAACACGUUAAAGCUAUGAAAAAUAAUAGCCAACAACUUAAGAACCAAAUGAUGUCAUCUCCCACAUCUCCUUCUAGUGGUGUAUCUUUGCAAAGAAGUAUUGCUAAUUUACAAAUAUCCAGUCCGCCCAUACAUUCUAGACGCUUUAGUCCUUAUGGCAGUGUCAGUAUUCCGGGCAGUCCAAGAAUAAUGCCCAGCGGGCUGGGUAAUGGGCGAUCUGGCUUUAGUGGAAAUGUUCCUUAUUCUGAAGGUGAUGAAUGGCACUUUCACAAUGUUGGAAUGGUAUCACCAUUAGCUUCACAUGAUCUUGAAGAUGCGGUUCAGUCUCAAACUAUGAUUAUAAUGGGAUCACAGCAACCGCAAGAAAUGUAUGGACAACAACAACCUUCUUCUGCACCACCUACCACAACUGAAUUUGAACAAGCAUUUCAGCAACAACCAUCAUCUGCUCCUCCGAUGACAACUGAAUUUGAAACUUUUGAAUUCAUGAAUCCUUUGGCUAUGAAUAUGAUUAAUGAAUGA